UUACAAGCAGGUCUGCAGUUGUUUAGGUUUUUGGGGGGGAAAAUUAAGGGUUCGUGCAAAGAGAUGGAUCCAGAGCACGCAGGAUCGGCGCCGGAGAGUGUUAAACAAGGGUGGCGGUGGAAGCAGAUGGGGAAUGAAGAGAAGACGGCGGCGGUUGAGGAGGAGAUAAAGAGGGUGCAUCAGCUGCCGCCCAAAAGCAGUUACGCCUGCCACCGCUUGCGUGUCUUGACCAAAAUUCACCAACUUCUCUCAAUUCAGAGAACCACAUCACAAGAAAAGGAGUUGGAGUUGCUUUUCUCUGGGCUUCAUAUCUGAAUAGAAAAAAGUUCGACUGGAUUUGCGUUUCAUAAGCAAGACACUCACAGUCACAGAAUCUAACAUGACAGAUGAACUUUACCACUCUCUGCUCGUUGGAGUUUAAACUAUUUUUUUUUUCUGAUUACGUAAUUGGAUUUUACAAUGGAAACUGGGGAACAUGGAUCGGAUAACAGCAAGUGCUGACUUUCAUGUGUAUAUUUUGUUAUAUAACUCCAUAGAAAAGUUUCAAUUGUAAGCAUUUAUCUCUUAGUAAUUGAACACUGUAAUUAGUGCAUAAAUAUAUAAAGUGUGA